AUGCCCGAGGAGCAAUCCCGACCUCUUGCUUCUGGACCCGCCUUUGAUAAGCUGGAAAACUUCAACUUCUUGCUGUCGCGCACCGAUCCGUCAUCCAAGGGUCGACACUAUUCAUUCGACGCUGACACCGGGCUGGUCCCAUUCACCAACAACGUCAGCAACGUCAACAUGGAGUACGACCAGACUGAGGGCAUGGGGGGCCUCUCAGUGAGCUCCUACGAUAGUAUAGACGAUGACCGCAGCUCCCUCGAUCUUCGAGGGUAUCCUUAUCAUGGUCCAACAGGCGACAAGUCCAUCAACUAUUCUCUUCCCGACCACAUCAUGCCGUACUCGGCUCAAUCUAUCUACCCUCCUGUCCCAUUUGCGCCCGAUGACCUCGGUCACGCACCGGGACAGCUGACACCUUCAGAUGUUUCUUCUUCUAUCUCCCCGCCAAACGGUCAGCUGGGAAACACCCGAUACAGCACCUCCAUCCCAGGGGACCGCAUUGCCGCGGCCCUUGGCCAGGAGGAGGGCGUCCGCGCGGCAGCGGAAGAAGACCGCCGCCGCCGCAACACGGCUGCGAGUGCUCGCUUCCGUAUGAAGAAGAAGCAGCGCGAGCAGGUCCUUGAACGCACCGUUCGCGAGACGACAGAGAAGAAUGCCUCCCUGGAGGCCCGCGUCGCUCAACUGGAGAUGGAGAACCGUUGGUUGAAGAACUUGUUGACAGAGAAGCAUGAGGCUAGCACCACCCGUAUGCCACCGCCGCCCUCCGACAAUAUCGAGCCAAAAGGUUCUGGCGGUCGCUCCGGUCAAAAACAUAUUCAGCCCAAAAAGAAGGGCGUGGGCACUGAUGAGUAA